AAUUAUGUAAAUGCUAUAAUUUAAAUCCAGCAGAACUAUUGUACUGAACAGUAUGGCCAGUGAAGGAGACUUAUCAGAAUAUUCUACAGGUACACAUGAAGUACAAGAAUGUCUUGAAGGUCAAGAUGAGGUAGAUCUACACACACACCUGGCAAACUGUGAGAAAAAUCCUGGCCAUAAAAACUUUGUACCUGUAAAUCAGUUAAGUCUUGAACAUUUUCCUUCUGGUUUCCCUGGCAACGAUGUGUAUGAUGUCACAAAAGCCCUGGCUGACCUAACUGUCAGGAUAGCCGUUAAGUUGACCAGUCCAGACAGACCAGAGUUUGUACCAGGCACUAAAGAUCCAUAUCCUUGCUACAACACCAGGGGACAGAACUCACUGCAUACAGGAACUGGGAGGGUGAACCUGGUGACCAAGUACACAGAGGAGAUGGACCAGAGUUUCAGGACCUACAGAACUUGUCCAUGUCCUGAAUGUGACCACUCGGACACACCCAGCAAAGUGUGGUGGGAGGUUUUGGUGAAGACAGCCAGACAUGUGGUUUUUGAUGAGAGUGAGGCGAGACAGUCCAGCUGUAGGUUGUGGUUUGAUGAUGAUCAAAGUCCAGUGGUCGAGAUUUAUGGUUUUGUGGUGAAUGCGUCACCGUUGGAUGAGAUUGACUGUUGUCAUUUGUGUUGUGCAACACAUGACGUAGAUGUAGCUAAUAAACUGAAGGAGAUGUUGGAGCCGUAUAAUAGUAUACAUAAGAGUAUAAGGGAAAAAUACAAGAGUCGUGGAGACAAGCUGACCAUUAUAGUGUCACAUCCUCAUGGCUGCUCUAAGCAGGUCUCUGUAGGUCACUGGGUAGAUCGAGAGCAUGUGGGAGACUUUUGGACCAGGUACACGUACACAACAGCUGCAUGCCCGGGUAGUGGUGGAGCUUAUGUGUACAGGUUGGGGUACGGGUCCUCUGCACAUGUACACGUUGGUGCUCAUUCUACUGGGUUAAGUUACAGUAGCCUAGGGAGGCUUUAAAACCUUUUAAAAAAUAGUGAAAUGUUAAUUACGUCAAUGAUUAAGCUAAUUAAGUGAUUCGAUGAAUAAGCAUUAACUAUGUAGUUAUGUUUAAACAACAAUGUGUUUUUGUCCUACCCAACAUACUUACGUUGGCUUGUAUUUAUAAUUUUAUUUUAAUUUAAUUUAAAUUUAAAGUUAUCGAUACUUUCAAACAAAGACCCGAAACCCCCAAUAUAGGUGAAACACGUUCACUCGAUAUGACAGGCUAAGUUAGUCUGUAACUCAAUAGAAUUAAGCUAUUAGGAUAGAUCGAAGGGUUUUCAAUGGAACACUUACUCCUGGGUACUCAUAGUAGACAUAAAUUAUUUUUAUUAUGUCCAUUUUAUUUCCAUACAAUUAUAAUGCAGUAAACUUUCGAAUUGACCUACUUAA